CUGUUGCCCAGUGAGGCAGCGCCAUAGUCACCGUAGUCCUGGCGACUGUAACCCACCAACAACAACCUCGCUCCAUCAUUACCACCUCCUCCACCAUCCCCAUCUCCAUCAACCAGUCCACAACUCAGGUGCCAUGCAGACCCCUGAAGCAGGCGCUGAAUCCACCUCCACUGUCCCCCUUCAGACCGCUGUGCCUGUUCAGCCUACUGGCUCUACCCAGCAGGUGCCUGUGCAGCAGCAGGCCCAGACUGUUCAACAGGUUCAGCAUGUUUACCCAGCACAGGUGCAGUAUGUUGAGGAAAACAGUGGCGUCUACACCAAUGGCAACAUAAGAAGCUACUCGUAUUCAGAGCCACAGCUGUACAGCCAGAACAGUGGAGGGAACUACUUUGAUACGCAGGGCAGCUCGUCGCAAGUGUCCACAGUAGUGACAUCUCAUGGCUUGACAAACAAUGGAGGAGGGGGCACUGGAGGAAUAAGCAUGGGUCUGGCAGGGGGUCCGGUAAUCAGCAACAAUUCUGGGACUUACCUGAUGGACAAUGCCGGACCCCACCCUGCCACCCAAACGGCACGAGCCUCCCCAGCCACUAUUGAAAUGGCGAUUGAGACGCUCCAAAAAUCUGAGGGUUUAUCCAGUCAGAGAAGCUCACUGCUCAACAGCCAUCUCCAGUGGCUCCUGGACAACUACGAGACAGCAGAAGGAGUAAGUCUACCACGAUCCACCCUCUACAAUCAUUAUCUGCGCCAUUGCCAGGAGCAGAAACUGGACCCUGUAAAUGCAGCCUCUUUCGGCAAACUCAUUCGCUCCAUCUUCAUGGGACUCCGUACAAGGCGCCUUGGGACGAGAGGGAACUCCAAAUAUCAUUACUACGGUAUACGUGUGAAACCAGAUUCCCCGCUCAAUAGGCUCCAAGAAGACAUGCAGUACAUGGCUCUCAGACAGCAGCCUGUUCAGCAAAAACAGAGGUUCAAGUCGGUGCAGAAGUUUGAUGCGGGCUCCGGGGACAAUUACUCAAGCGGAGGCCAGAACCUUCCUGGUGCGGCAGAGCAGACGGUCAUUGCGCAGAGCCAGCACCACCAGCAGUUCUUGGAUGCAUCACGGGCACUCCCCGACUUUGUAGAGCUGGACUUGGGACAGAGCAACUCGGAGAACAUCAGCCAAGAGGAUGUGAAAGCUCUCCAGUCCCUCUAUAGAGAGCACUGUGAGGCUAUCUUGGAUGUGGUCGUUAACCUCCAGUUCAGUCUAAUAGAGAAGCUGUGGCAGACGUUCUGGCGUUAUUCUCCUCCUGACACUGUAGAGGGCGCCACUGUUACAGAAAACAGCAGCAUAAGUGAGAUUGAAGCACGUCUCCCCCGAGCUCAGCUCCUGGCACUGUGCAGAAACGAGGCAGUUCUUAAGUGGAUGAGCACCUGUGACCAUUUAAUGUACCAGGCCCUUGUGGAGAUCCUUAUUCCUGAUGUCCUGAGACCCAUUCCCAGUGCCUUGACUCAAGCCAUUCGCAACUUUGCCAAAAGCCUAGAAGGUUGGCUUAAUAAUGCCAUGAACACCAUUCCACAGAGAAUGGUCCAGACCAAGAUUGCUGCUGUUAGUGCCUUUGCGCAAACAUUGCGCAGAUAUACGUCACUGAACCACCUUGCUCAGGCGGCACGAGCUGUGUUGCAGAACACAUCACAGAUCAACCAGAUGCUGAGUGAUCUCAACCGUGUGGACUUCGCCAACGUACAGGAGCAGGCAUCAUGGGUGUGCCAGUGUGAGGAGGGAGUGGUACAGCACUUGGAGCAGGACUUCAAGGCCACACUGCAGCAGCAAAGCUCUCUGGAGCAGUGGGCGGCCUGGCUGGACAAUGUGGUCACUCAGGUGCUCAAGCCCUUCGAGCACAGGCCCAGCUUCCCCAGGGCAGCGCGACAGUUCCUGCUUAAGUGGUCCUUCUACAGCUCUAUGGUGAUCAGGGACCUGACCCUGCGCAGCGCUGCCAGCUUUGGUUCGUUCCACCUGAUUCGCCUGCUCUACGAUGAGUACAUGUUCUACCUAGUGGAACACCGUGUGGCUCAAGCCACCGGAGAGACACCCAUUGGUGUAAUGGGCGAGUUUGACAGCCUCAACACCUUAUCCCUUACAAACAUUGAUAAAGAUGAAACAAGUGGCAUGGACAGUGAUUUGGAAGAGUACACAGAAGAGUCUGGAGAACCUCUGGCUAAACGGGAGAAGUCGGAGCAUGAGGUGAUCCAGGUGAUCCAGGUCGGGGCACUAGAGGAUGGGUCCCACCCUGUGGUGGGUGUUGUUCAACCAGGUGUACUCCACUCACUGCCACAGCCCCCGCAGGACCACACGGAGCACAUCCUGACCUCCUCCACUGGUACUCCCACCAUCCGCCACUGCAGCACCACAGGCAACACCUAUGCCUCAGUUUGAAGGUCUGAGGGGCAGAGCUGACCUUGUAUGGCCCAGGUUUGCUGUCUCACAUAUUUCCGCAUAUCUCUCUUAGUGUAAGUCCUUUUCAUGCAUUGUGUCUGUUUACAGUUCUGUGGACAUGUGCUCCUCUCCCUGUCUGGUCAGUGGAGGAGUGACACUCUAGCCACGACGUGCUGUGUCUUUGUCUGACUUAUUAGAUUCUGGAUGUGCAGUCAUCCUGUGAGUCUUUACUCUAACAUAGAGCGGCAGCUGGUGGAAGGGACGUGGAGGAAAAGGACUAAUUGGACCCGUUACAUGUUUUUCUGUUCAAUUACGACCUACUGCCUCCGUCUGUGUACAGACGAGGUUUUAACCUGGAGGAAAAGUAACCUCCUUCAAAUGACUGAUGUCUCAGAGCUCAAAUCCAUGUCACUAGUCCCAGUAGAGCAAAAGCAUCGCCCGACUCCAAACCCUCACCCAUGGCACAUAGUUUUGCUGUACUUUCAAUUGGUAUUAAGCCUGGGAUAUACUUGCAGUUCAGAACGCGUACGCAUCCAGGCCGCCGCGCGUAUCCUGCGUUCCUUUGACGCGUCGACGUGCACGUUCUCAAAAAGACACUGAACGCGUACGCGACCUGCAGUUCUCGCUGUGGCCGCGAGUGGCGCUGGUCCCGGUCUGAUCCCAGCUGGCCACAAGUGACGACGCGGAGGUCACUGGCGCCGUUUCCUUUGCCGAGAUUGCAACCAAAGCAAUGUUAUAAUCUCCUACAUCAUCCAAUGGUGUCAUGUAAACUUGUUCGUUGUUCUAAUCUGCUACUGCUACUACCGCUGCUACUACUGCUACUACUACUACUAAAUAUUUACCCACUUUUCCAACUGUUGCUCUGCUCACUGCCCCCUAUCGGUCACCGCCGGUACGACGCGCUCUCCUCGCGUACUACGCGAGCGACGUUGCGGUUGGUGGUGCACGCGAACGGACACGAACGCAAGCACCAACAGCAAGUAUAUCUGGGGCUUUACUCAAAGCUUAUGGUGCUAUUGUUGUGUUUCAGUUUAAAUUUUGUAGUCGGCUAUCCUAAGUUUAGUAUGAUUUUGUUGAACAUGCAUUCGAACUGCUGACAAACAUCUGACUGAAGAUGUUUUUGAGUAUUCUAUGUAGCUAAAUAAAGUUUCUGAUAUAUAAUUAAGGCUCAUGGGACAGUUCUCUUUGACGAUUACGUUAAUCCAGCUGGUGACUAUUUACAGCAUUUAGCCAAAUGUGAUGCUGCUCCUGCAGAUAGGGAUGAAAGUGAGGAAGAUGGUUUAAGAAAGGAAAAACCUCCUCAGUGCUAGCUUUUCUAUGCACCCUGUGCAUAACGCUUGCCUUUGUUCAUUUUAGAUGCCCUGUAGUGUGGUUUAUGUGAUACGCUGUAAUCCUUAAAAUUUACUGAACAUGUUUCCCUGGUUUUACAGUUUCGUUUUGUUUCUCUCACAAUGAAAUUAAGUUUUGCAGUGGACCAAAAAAAAAAAAAAAAAAAAACAGUACAAAGCUAAGAGUGAGCCGUUUGAGCCACACAAAAGCUGUUUCCUGUCCCACAGUGCCAUGUUGGAGAGCAGAAGGAAUGUCAGGGAUUUAAUGUACCUCGGCUUUAUCGUAGUGCCUUAUACUUAAAUGCAGCUGUUCAUGUAGUCCUGACUGUGUGCUGUAGAGAAGCCCAUAGCCCCUCUGCAUUGUCCCAGCCACAGAUUUGGCUUUUCUGGCGACUCAUGGCUGGAUUUGGGCUGGCUCAUCAGUGCUGAGACCUGUGGGAUGCUGGCACGGACACAACCGGUUGUUUUCUGUCUAUCUAGCUUUUUUUAAGCUUGUAAUUGAUCUGAGUCCUGGAGCCUCAUGUACAAAAUUUACGGCGCACAAAAAACGUGCGUACGCCACUUUCUAUUGCUCACGGUCGGAUGCUCAAAAAGUGACUUGAACAUGAAAAGUUGCGGCCCUUCACGCACACAUCAAGGCUGGGGUACGCACAUAUCUGGGGUUUUGUCUGUUGGCGACGCUCACUGGCGAUGCAGUAAAGUCCAGAAUGUGAGGAAACGUGACGUCAACAAUAAGUUCACGACCACGUGAAGGACACGACAGUCCCCACAUCACCAAAUAAGUUACACGUUAGUGGGACUGCAACAAUUUCACAUGGUCUGAAUAUACAAUGGAACUUGUCAAUCCCAACGGCAGCCUCGGUUCCGUUAGAAGAACCUGCUGGUGGCAGGAUCGGGAGCGAGUCUUCAGAAAGUUGUUCUCCUGGUCAUGGGCCGAGACGUACACCGGUCUCUCGUCCUGCAGAUGCAAAACUCCGAGUUACAGCAACUUUGUUCUUUAUUUCUCACGUUUGCACCUAGAUCAUCACGUUGGCACAAGUUGUCUUUAUUUUCUGCAGCGGAGGAAUCAGAUGCUUCAUGUUUUAAAUAUAAGUUUAUCUUCACAUUGUUACACUUAUGAGAGACGUGAUCACAGACAUCCACAAUGCAAACUCAAAACACGUACAUUGGGCUUAAUAUGUUAGUAUAUAAUACACGCGACAGUAAAACUGAACAAGGAGCCGUUUUUCGUCCCACAAACUUAAGUUACGGUCUCGAUUCUUAAAAUACAAACGAGGGAAAAAAAAAAAGAGUAUAAUGAUGCCCUAACGCUAAUUAUAUUAACAUUCAAAAACCCUUACGGACAUAAAAUCACAACUCUUCACGUAACGCAACAAAAAACAAAGAAUUAUACCCAUAAUGCAAUGCACAACUACAGCACAUUACUCUGUUUUUUUUUUUACAGCUGUAAUCAGUAGAAAAAUAAAUUGUUUCCUGCCUCAACUUCUGACAGGAGUGUCUCCAGCUCACAGCUUUUUUUUUUAUUUGUUUCACUUGUGUUUGCAAGUUCCUUGUUAGGAUGAGUGGUUUUUAAUGUAUUUAAUUUGUGCUCAUUAUCACAUUCAAAUUGAUUUACUUGAGGGAGGAGACGGGGAGAAGUGUCCUGCUCCCGCAUGUGCUCUCAAUUCCACGUUGAUUGUGAUGUUCAAAGAAACGUGCGUGGAUUUGGGCGUACGCACAGUUUUGAGAAUUUUUUUUUUUUUUUGCGUACGCAAGAUUUCCAUGAUGGAAUCCAAGCACUCUUUGUACAUGAGGCCCCUGGUCUUUAGCCUUUCUCCUGCCCUCACUCUGCCCCCUUGAGGCUUAUUCUUGCAUUAGCCUGUCAUCGGGUGAAGUGUGCAUGAGUGCGAGUGGAUGCGUUUAUGUGCAACGUGUUUUUAUGUGCAUAUGUUCAAAUGCCUGUUUCUGUGUGCUUGUAUUGUAUGUGUGUGUAUAGAAACACAUCCAUCAGUCACCCUACCUCAAACCAGUGGUGCCAGCCCUUUGAUGCGUGCAGCACAGUCACCGAACCUUAUUGCACACACGCCACUGUACUGCACAAAUCUCAACAAUACAGAGAAAACCUGCAUUGCUUUUUCUCUCACCUCUGAUAGAUUUUCUUUUUCAGUUUUUUGCCCAUAAAAUGCUUCAUCAUUUGUUCCCUGUUUAAAGAUCAUCUUUGUACAGUGGACCAAAAGUAGAUAUUUUCUGAUAUUCAAAGAGAUAUAGAGAUCUAUAGAUAUAUAUGUAUAAUAUAUAAAAAGAAGACACUACAUAUAUCUGUUGCUUUUUAUGUGGUUGAUUGUUAAUAUGUGAAUGUUUCUUUGGGUAGCUCGUCUGCAGUUAGUUUAUAGACUGUGAAAUUGGAAAGGCUUGGGGACUAACUUCUGAUUUAUUCAAUUACAUCUAUACUUGAACUGUUAGCUUUCUAUGUUUAGGGAAUAUUGAGAUUAAUCCUCUAAAUAGAAAACAUUUUGGUACUAAAAUUGUUUUUGUUUCUUUUUUUUAAGUGUUUUUUUUUUCUUUUUAAAGAAAUGUUUAUUUAUUAAUAUUUAUUGUAUUAUUUUAUGGAUAAAUUAUGAGUUCUGAUUAUAAAUCAAGAAUGAAACCACUGCAAAAAGCAGAACUACUGUACUGUAGGAGGGGAUUAGGACUGGGUUUACUGGAAACACAACCUAUAACGUUUGAUAAAUUCCUGCUGAUAUUAAAGAUCUCCCCCCUUUUUUCUUUUUAAUCUUUUUGCUUUAUUGAUCUUAUGUUGUGCUUGUAUCCAGAUCAUACUCAUGUGCAUGUGAAUAAGGGAGGGAAAGUGAUACAAAUACCCUGUGAUUUAAGUAUCAAACUCACGUUUUUGUUUCUUGCUCUUUCUUUUAGUGUUCUAUCCAUUUGGAUAACCUAAUCUCAAAAUGAACCCAUAUGUUGAUCCCAGGCUAUGAAAUGUUUCAGCCAAUGCAUCCAGGAACUCAAUUAUUCUUUCCCUUCUUUGUCCCAACUAUAAAACCAUGACAAUAUCAAAAGCAGUUAUCAUGUCAAAUAACAACAAAUGGCUAGAAAGAAAUGUAACUCCUGAAUCAUUUUGUACACUUACACCACAUUAUAUAGAUUUAUAUUUAAGUAACCGCUAAAAAAAAAAAUCAAUUUCUCCAUCUUCUCUUGACUGACUCAAUUAAUACAUGAAGGGUUUAUGUUUAAAAUGUUAAUUCAUAUUGUUUGUCGUGCUUUCAGUCAGGAGUGAAUGUUCUGCUGGAUACAUUCCUUCCCCGUGGCAUGUUUUAUUGUUCUCCUACAUGGCUAUUCUUAUCAUUUUUCAUUUAAAUUAACCAUAGAUUCUUUGUCACAUAUAUUCAUUACCACACUGUAGAUGGUGACUUGUAUUAUUUUGUGUGCCUGAAGCAAAAAUGGCUUAAUAGGUGUUUUGAGUCUGAAUUGUGUAUUUUGAAUUGUUAAGUGCUUUCUGGUGUUGCACACCUGCCAAGUGCUGCUAGUAACUGUUUUUGUCAAUCUAGCUCUUUCAGACGGUGUAUAUCACAGCCCGCCUGGUUAACACUGGACUGAUGGUAAUGCUGCCAACACAAUUGUACUUCAUUUCUCAGCCUUUGAGAAAUAAGGUUUUUUUUUUUUUUUUUUUUUUGGUUAAUAACAGCUAUUUGCAAACAAGCCCAUUUCCAACCAUAAAACUUAAGAUGUGAGCAUGAAUCGCCACUCAACGUGGAUGACAUGGCAGAUUCACUGACCCAUAGCAAACUGUGGUGCCUUUAAUUUUACCCCGGCCGCAGCAGAUGGCCUGGGUGACUGCUGAGUCUCGCAUGAGCUACAGAUGGAGGCUUCAGAGCAGGCGUUUGUCUUUUUUUUCAUAUAUAUACAUACACAUAACCGUUAAAAACAGUGCAGUUGAAGCAUUCAGACAACUCCUUAGACAUGACUAUUGAUAAGUCAUUGGAUGUCACUUGCGCGCAUCCUUGGUUAGGAAAACACGGAUGAAUACCUGCAAAACAACUUCUAAAUGUAUAGAACUGGUAACUGUACCGGCAGAGUUGCUGUAAGUAAAAUGCUCUCUAAGUUGUUUACUCAUGAUUGUGAAGAUUUUCUUUCUCUUUCAUUUGUCAAAUAUUUUUUGAAUGCUGUGACCCGUUUGAGAUUUGUAAGUGCCAUUUUACAGUCUAGUGAGUGGUGGCCAGCUGUAGCACGCUCUAAUGCAAGCACAAGCAUUUGGCAAUGACAUUUGGGGUAGGCGUUUUGUUUAAAUUCACCUUUGACAAAAAUGUGUACAUAGAAAAAGCUGAAAAGGUAUUUAUUUGUGCCCUAAUUAUUUGUUCUUUUGGUGACAUUUUAGCUGAUAUGUUGGCUUAAAUGCUUUUGUGAUUUUUUGGGGGGGGAUAAUGUAUAGUAUCUGAUAAUAUAAAUACACAUUUUCAUGUGACUUUCUUUUUGUGUGCCGUUAAGUUUGCUACUUAAAAUGUAUAUUCUCAAAUUGACAAGCAAACCAAUGUGUGUAGGGUGAUUUGUAUCGUGUAUUUUACAUAAAAAGAAAAAAGAAAAAACAAGGACGAGCGGGGGACUUUUAUAUUUACAAAGACAUUGUCAUUUAGUGCGUUGUAAUGAUGAUUAUAGAAACUAUUAAUGACACAUGUAGUUUCGUUUUCUGAAUAUUUCAGAUCUCAGCUCAGGCUAGCUUCUUAGUGUUGUUUUCUUAAAAUUUGUGACUUGUCUUUG